AUGAUCGAGAGAUGCGUAGUAGUUCAACGACAAACGGAUGGAUUUGGUCUGACCGUCACUGGCGAUCAUCCUGUAUACGUCCACACCGUGAAGCCAGAUGGAGCAGCCUACUGCGCUGGCGUACGUCAAGGAGACCGAAUUCUCAAGGUAAGCUUGUUUCUUUCUGGAAGCUUCUUUAGGAAAACAUAAAGUUUUCUGACUUUUCAUAGAGAUGGCUUUCCAUAAACUAUGAAAGUGAGAAAAAACUAGAGCAUGUGAAACCUGAUCACUCGAAACUUUCUCAGGAAAAAGUGUACUUGUCUUUAAACGGUCUUGCAUGUCUGCGUACACCUAUUUGAAAAAAAUCAUUCAGUUGAAUUUCAACAUGAAAUGGAACUGAAUUUUUGUUUUGAAGAUUUUUUUGAAGAUUUUUUUGAUAUAAUUUAAAGUUGAGUUCAAACGAUUAAAAACUUAUCACCAAGCAUAUUUUUUUGUUUCAGUUCCAAAAGCUUUGAGCCAAAUCUGAUAAGCAAACGUCAAAAAGACCAACUAUGAUUCUUAUCGGACGAUCUCCUAAAUUAUAAUGAUAUUAUCAAAGAGGGAUCUGAAGCGGACUUGUAACGAAUGACCAAAAUCUUUGGCAGCCUUUGCGGCUGUUAGGCGCCGAGAAAUGGAUUGUGAAUUCGGACCCCAGGGGCCAUCGUAUGACCUACGAGCCGACUUUCGGAAUGCCGUGCCCCUUCUUUCCAUGAAUUUUCUUUGAAAUCCGGGGAUUUAUGAAGUGUUGUAAACUGAAAGAUUUGAGUGCUUUGAUGAGCUUGAAAUCAUGGUUUUCUCAACCUCUGUGGGAGUUUCAGCAAACUUUUUUCAUUCCGAUGUUUAAAAAACAAACAGUAGGCCAGGAAGUCGUCUGAACGCAAAAACAAGUAAUUCAGCAGCAGGAACAUUGUGUGGAAUUUGUAAUAAGCCGACUUGCCCGAAUUUCAAACGCGAAACGCUUAAUGGGGUCGUUUAAGAAGUUCGAGCAGAUUCACUAGGAGAGAUUUUUUGGAGAAAAGCUCUCUUUUCUCGUCGCGACUUGACUGGAAAUAGGCUAAAAAAAGAACCGACCAUGAAACAAACCACAUUUCAAAUAGCGUUUAAAUUGAACAGAUACCAAAUUUGAUGGAUAUUUCAAAAAUUUACAGGUAAAUGGAAUGCCUGUAACCAGCAGCAAUCACCUGGAAGUUGUACGAAUGAUAUCUGGUUGGAUUUAUAAUUUUUUCAAAAGUUAGAUUAAGUUCAUUUUAGGCGGGCAAAACGUAGCGUUAACAUUGUUAGGAAAACCGCCUGAUCCUCUGCCCCAGCUGCCUGUUUUGAACUACAAGCUGGAGCAAAAGUUUCGUACCUCCGAUCCAAUGCUAGAGGUUUUCUGAUUUUCUGUAGUGAAAAAUAAGAUUGCUUUUUGAGGCGAAUGGAAAAGAUGACUGGCGCAGGAAAAGGAACGAUCUGCUUGGGCAAAUGUUGGACGACGAGCAAAAGCACGUUGAGGUACGUCUUUUUUUCCGCAUAUCGUAUCAUUAAUAUGAUUUCUUCCUUGAAUUAAUUUUAUCGCUUUAAAAACUAUUCGCUGGCUGCCGUUGGGAAAAACGAAAAACAUUAAGAUCAUUUUGAAGCUGAAGUUUCAUCUUUUCAAAAUCAUUGAAAUUUAUCAGACACAAACUCAUUUCAAAAACUAAUUUUGGCGCUCUUAUCGCCACUGAACUUCUCUUUAGUUAAAAUUUUUGAUAUUGAAAGCCUGCAAAGUCUAAUUAGUCAUUUCAAGCCACUAUUCAACAACUUUCGAAAUCUUGAUAAAAAGAAAACAAAAAAAUGCUUAUUCCAAAAAAACUAUGUGUUUUCUCAUCAAAUUAACUGAAGUUUACCACUGCUCCAAUCUGCUAAUGCAGCUUCAAGGGUCAUAAGCAUUCUCAUCAUGUUUUGUUAGGCUUGAAUGAGUCCCUGAAUGCGGCUUGCUUCUCGGCUAGGACCAAGAAGCGAGCUCAUUGGGGGUCUCUUCAGCCAAAUGCUGUGGGUGUCCGGCGUCGGCAAUCACAUCGCCUUGUCAAACUUGCGCAUUUGGCUCGAAACUCUUCGUGUCGCCACCCCCGGCAUUGCACGCAGCUCAAUCUGCUCCCGCAGUGUCUUUAGAACAUUUUCUUCUGGCUUUCGUACCCCAAAUCCGAGAACCAAGGUCAUCAGCAGCCGUGUCUUGUCUCUCGUUGAUUGUCACCCUAAAAGUAUGGGAAAACAAAACGACAUAGUCCUGAAGCUUUUUUUUUGUUAAAAAUUACCAGCCUUUCCCGGCAGGUAGCUAGUCUUUGCAACAAUUUUUAUCGGGGAAUGUUCUGAACAAGAAGGUGGUGAUAAAGUUAUAAUUUGAGGAUAAUUCGGUGAUUCUUUAGUGAAAAACAUCUCGCUAGGUUAGAAAGUCGAAUGUAAUAUAUUGAUGAAAAAUUCUUUUUUUACUCAAGCACCAGUUUUUUUAAAUUGACCUAUUCUUUCAAAAGGCCGUCCCCUUUGCAAGAAUCUGUUUAAAGUCUUUUUUCUGUUCAACUCCUUUCUUGUUUCAAUACUUCUUGAUUUUUUUAAAUGGUUUUUUUCUUUUGCCUUACCACUCUCUAUAUCCUCAUGAAAAAUCGUUGAGAUAUUGAGUUUUUUAAGCAGUUUAUAUUAAAAUAAAGUUAGGCGCAUACGUUCCACGCCAAAAAUUGUAAAAAAUGAGUUCGAAAAUUAAACCAAAAAAAAAAUUUUACUCCUGAAUUUGUUUGAAAGCGCUGAAGUCCAAUAGUUGAAAUAAUAAUUGAGAACAGCGCAACGUUACAGAAUAAUUUCAAAGCUACUUUAAAAUAAUGAAAAGACUUGUACAUCGCACUAUUGUUCCUGCAAAAAAAAAGCAAAGCUUCAAAUAGUUCUUCGACAUUUUGACCAAUCUCUAUCAGCCUCCACACUAGCAAAAAUGAACUUUUCGUAGGGUCUCCGUGGGUCGUCGGAAAAUGGCGAAAAGCUCGAUAGAGCUUUGAAGCGGAUCGUUUCUCUCCAGUCACAGCUCAAGCACAUCAGACCAACUUCUUCGGUCGUUACGGAAAAGGUUGGAUUUUGUUUGAAUGCAACUGUUUUUUUGUUGACGUUCGACAACAGGAAACAAGCCAUUUGAGCUUGUAUUGAGAAUAACCUAAUUAGCCGAACAAAUAGGCCGAUGACGCCCACUAGACGCUGUCAAGCUUUGAGAAGCUUCUAAAAUUUCUUUUCGAUAAUGUGAUCUUUUUCGGAGCACGCAUUUUUUUAGCUUAACUUUUUCUUGGUUUUUUGAACCUUUUCAGCGUUUUCAGAUCCCUAUGGACAUCGACACAGAUGAAGAAGAAAACGAAAUGUAUUUGGUGGGUGGAAAAGGAGAGUUUAAAAAAAAAGAAUAAUUUUAGCCUGGAUCACAAGGCCCUUUCUCAAAUUUGGCCGAGCUCAAAACUCAUCCAGCUCAUCUUGCUGUUUUCAUCAACUAUCUCCUGACUAGCGCCAAUCCAAGUAGCCUUGUAGGUUUUAUUUCAUUUUCCCUGUUGUGUUUUGAACUUUCCAAUGUUUUUGCAAUCUUCUUACUAACAUAAAAAUUUUUUUCCGUUUUUUUCGUUUUUUUCUAUAAAAAAAUCAAAGCGAUUCAAAAUAAGAUAUUUUAAACGUAAAAAAAAUCUUUGAUGUACAAUAUUAAUCACAUCGCAGUUUCAAAAUUUGAAAAAAAGGAUUACAAUCUUUCUUUUUUUCUAAUAAAGAUCAUUUAAUUUUCAGUUUUUUUCUACUUGAUAACUGAUGCUUAUCAAACCGCCUAUGGGUCAGCCAAGGAGUUUCGAAGAUGGGCCUUCGAAAUUUUUUCAACAUUCAUCAUUCCGAAUUCUCCCAUGUCGAUACCGAACUCUGAUCAAUCAAUAAUUCAACCUAUUGAUAAGGUAGAAUUAAAAAAAAUGAGAAAAUAGUAUCGAAAAGUUAAGAUUAUUUGCAUGACGGCCGAGCACAUUGCGGAGAGCGAUGCGGACACUUUGAAAAGAGUUUUCGUGCCAGGAAGGCAAAGGGCGGUCACCGACAUCAAUGUACACCUGAACGAGUUCAGGCAAAAACGUCCCAUUCGUGAGUUUUUCAUCAAAUUUUUGAAAAUCCCCUUAUAACUUUUAGAAACUGGACAAAUGUUUGACGAGGCAAACCAGCUUUCUCAUUUAGUUCGAGGCGAUGUUGCGAUGGAGCAGAGAGUAAAUCAAACAAUUUUAUAAAGGAGUGUACGUUGUGCUUUUCAGGUCGGAGAAAGGAUGUUUUUUCGUACUUUAGAGUCCUACAGUGGAUCAGUUGACUUUGACACAGCUGAUAUCAAAACACAGUCAACCAUCUCCAGUUUGGCAACUGUGAUUAAAGUAUAAAAUUCAAAAAAAAAACUACAAGAAACUCAAAACUUUCGAGUAUUCAGAUAACCCUGGGAAAGGCUUCAACUAUUUCAAACGAAAAACUCAUGGAGAAGUUUCCGCAAUUUAUCGCACGUGAUAAACCUGGGAAACUGAAAAAACCACCAAGUGGCAUUAAAGCGAAGAUUCAAGUAACUGUUUCAAACAAAAGUGUUUAUGGAAAAUGAGUUUUCAAGGUGAAAGGCCACACUUUUGCGAUAAAUUCCGUGAACACCGUACACUACUGCUAUCAAUGCCGCGAUGCCAUUUGGGGCAUGCAGCCUUGGAUUUACUUUUGCAACAGUGAAUCGGCUCGAAAAAAAACGAAAAAAAAAAAUUUAUUUCAAGAUUGUGACGUAAAAGUCCAUCCUCAAUGUACUUCUUCUCUAACCGACGCAUGCUAUCCAGUCACGCAGUCGAAACAAAAAAAUUCGAAGGUGAAGUUUUUCGAUGAUUUUUGAAAUCAUGAAUCGGAAAUUUCAAAGGUUAACCUCCUUGCCAACGUCUCAUUAUUCUGAAAACGCCGAAAUAGGCAGCAAUUUUGUUUUCAGUUUUUACUAUAUUAUUUUUCAGUCACGUCUAUCGGGUUUGAUUGGUCGAUCAGAUGCGGAAGAAGAUGAGGCGACGUCUACAAGAGCUCCAGGCGAGCCGAACGUCAAGUCGACGAGUUCCGAUAGUGGAAUCGGCCAGGAAAUUCACGAUCGGAGUGUGAACCGCUCCCACAGCAUGAGAAAUAGAGUGGUCCGUUUGAACCCAGUUAUUGCAAGUUCAUUCAUAUACUUCCAAAUAAUCAAAUUUGAGACUCCUCUAAUAAGAGAGUUGAGUCUAUUUUUUAAACAUUUUAUGAAUAGCUGUUUUCCAUUCAUUUGAAAACUACAGCCUUUUCUGCGUCUGCAUAUGAUGAAAUAAAACUGUGAGAAUGCACGUGUUAUCGUUAAGUUGAUCUGAUGGAUUGUUUGUGCAAAAGAAAUGCCACUUUUCACAAAUUUUUCCGAGCGCAGAUUUUCUGGAACAUUUGAAUGAAUGAUCAUUCCUGGGACAGUUUUUCUCGGCUCUCAUUCUUUUUCUUGUUUUGCAAUGGGUGGCGUUUUUUCUAGGCCUGUAAGUUUUUCUUUUUUUUUUUAACUUUGUGCGAAUCUACCUUUGUUUGAAGCUAAAUUGAAUCACUUUAGGUGAAAUUGGUUAACCUAUAAUUUUUUUCAAUUGAAAAUAAAAUCAAAAAAAAAAGUUUUUUUGGAAGUAUACUCCUUUUUUUAUAGUUGCACUAGUUUCAGUUUUUUUUUUUCAACUUCUUGCAAAAUUAUUGCUAUGUGAAGCUAUAUUGAGUAAUUUCUAGGAAAAAAAUUGGUUAAUCCUUAAUAUUUUUAACUGAGAACUGAACUAAAAAUAAAGUUUUUGGAAGCAUGCUCAUUUUUUUGAAUAAUUUCAUUAGUUUCAGUCAACGAUUCCUCAAUCGGCGUCCGAUGAUAGAGUCGCUGUGAAUCAUCGGCGCGACCGUUCUUCAACUCCUUCAUGGCAAAGCGGAGCGACAACUCGCGGCCUCAACGAUCUCACGCCUGCUGAUGAAGCCGACGAGUGCGACCGCCGCUUUCGUGGAAUUGAUUCUAGGUGAUUGCGAUGAAUUUGACACGAAGUUUCUGGGAAAAAAAUUCUUAAGAAAAAAUGGGUCACCGCUUGAAUAUCGAUCACAGCUGCACUCAAAUCAAUUAGAUACAUUUUGAGAUCGAAAGAAGGCAGCAGUCGUUUGGCUAUUGACUUGCAAAGCGUUAGUGCGAGCUCCAGCUGCUCUCAUACUAGUAUUCCUAUUGAUGAAGAGGUUAUCAGUGAAUGAAAAUUAGUUCAUUCAGUUCAAUGUAUUUAAGUUACAAAUGAAGCGGCCAAUCCAGUUCGUAGCUCUCGUUGAUAACGACGACAGCGACCUGGAAAUUGAAACUGAAGCACCGCCGCUCGAGCAGCUCGUCGGAUGGGAAGUGAUCCGACACCUCAAACCAAAAGAGAAAAAACGACAAGAAGUGAUAAACGGUGAGAUAGUUCUCCUAUUGUUCCUUUCAUCUCAUUUUCAGAAUUGUUCCAUACUGAGCGAACGCAUGUCAGGAACCUGAAAAUUUUGUUCUAUGUGUUUUGCAAGCCAAUGUUGAUGAAUAACAUCGUGCAGUUAGAUGUCGUUCGGCUCCUUUUUGCCAACUUGGAAGAGUUGCUGGCGAUUCACCAGAAAAUGUGCAAUACGAUGCGGGAAGCCGUUGAAAAGGUUUGCGAGAUUUAAAGAAAAAGAAUAAUUAAUCAAGUCUAGUGGCGGUUGGAUUCCAAUCAAAACGGGUUAUAUGGCGAUAUCGGAGGACUCAUGGAGGGUAUGUUCCAAGGAGAGGCAGGAGAGCAUCUCAAAAAUGUCACUUCAAUUUUUUGCCAGCAUCAACAGCAUGCCUUGGAAACUCUUCGCGCCAGGUGAGAUAAACUAAUUUGAGAACAAAAAAGUUUCAAAAACCAUUUUCAGGUGCAAACGGGACAAAGAAGAUUCUCUGGUACGAUUUCUGGCUGAAGCCGAAGCGAAUCCACUCUGUCGAAAGCUUCAAAUGAAGGACAUGAUUCCUGUGGAGAUGCAGCGUUUGGUCAAAUAUCCACUGCUUCUCGAAACUAUCGCUAAAUAUACCAGCGAGCCAAGUGAAGUGAGGAUAGAUUUUGUCAGAAAAAAAAGUUUCAAAUUAAAUUUUCAGGAGCAGGAAAAGCUGCUUCAAACGGUUCAUUCGGCAAAGAAGAUCUUGAGCGCCGUCAACACAGCCAAACGGAACGCCGAGAACUUCCGACGUUUGGAAGAUCUACAGAAAAGAAUCGACACGACGCCGUACGACAAGGAAUUCAGCGGUCAUGACUAUGCCGCUUUGAACUUGACAAAGUGAGAGAUCUAAGCGCAAAACGAUAUCAAAAUGACAAGAUGAAAAAUUAUAAAAAAUUAAAAAAAAUCUUUCAGAUACCGUCUCGUGCAUGACGGACCGUUGACAUGUCGUUUCCAUCGUGGAAAAAUGGUCGAACUUUAUGCCGUUUUGUUAGAAAAAAUGCUCGUGUUGCUCACCAAGCACAGCGAUGGGAACAAGCUUCAGCUGAAGGUUAUUUAAUCUUUUUUUUGAAAAAUUAAAAACUACGAUUUUACAGUCCCUGGAACCGUCCAAAGAAGCCAAAUGGACUCCUAUCUUGCAAUUGAGCACUUUGAUUGCGAAAGAGAAAGCUAAUGAUAAAAGGGCUUUUUUCUUGGUGUUGAACAAUCAGAAUGGAGCCCAGAUCUACGAGCUGUGGGCAGGAACAGCGACAGAGCGAAAAACGUACAUUUUUCAAAGAUUUCAAUUAACAAAUCAUGUUUUUUUUUCGCAAAACUCCAACAGCCUAGUAACUGUUUUCAAAUAAAUCUGAUAUUUUUUUCAGGUGGCUGAAACUGAUGAGCGAUCAGAUUGAGAAUGAGAAGAAGCAGCAGACAAUAAACAUUGAGCCAAGCUUCGAAGUUGGAGCUCAGACUUCUUCCGAUUCGGACGGCAUGGCAAAGGUAAGAGGGUUUCCAAAUGAGCUUUUAUUGUAAAAUUUUUCUUCAAGGUCUUUGUCAUACAAUGAACUUUAUUUCGUUGUCCAAUUCAAUUCAAGAUUUUUCGUUCUCAGGUACAAGUCGUUACGCAUCCAAGGCUGGUGAACGCAAACGAGAUCACAGUUCAACAACCGACUAUUUUGGAGCAUGCUCAGCCAGUUCUGACCCCUUCCGAAACGCUGAAAAGAAGUGACGACAUCAUUUUCCAGGUUUUUCAACCCAUUCCCAAUUUAUUUUCACACUCAAAUUUUAGGCGUUGUUGACAAAGCAAAAGAUUCUUGCUCAGCACCUUCCCGGUUCUGACAAGGUAAUAAAACUUUCUGUAAAUCUAAAAUAAUAUCUGAAUUCAGAAAGCCAAAGCUGAAGAGCUGGAGAAGCUAACAGAGCUACUCGGAGGCCUGGCUGUCUCUGAUUUAAAGCAGAGAGACGGUAAAGAACUUGCCAUGUCGGCCAUUGUACAUGGAAACCGUCUUCUGGACAGUAUCAAUCAAAGUAAGAUUACAAAUUGAAAUUACAAAAAAAUGAUUCAACUUUGAAGGUCUCUAUGCUCGCAAGGAGUACGAUGAAGAAGCUCCUGGAGGCGAUGUGCUCGUUUUGGAGAAUCAAGAGCCCAACGUUCCAUCAGUCCCAUGCUACAAGGUCAAUAAAUUGCUCGAAAAAACUUGGAAAUCUAGGGGAUGAGCUUUUUUCUUUUCUAAAAUACUUCGCACACCUAAAAUAAAACUUUUCCAGCUGACCGCAAUUGCUGCCCCUCUGAUGAAUCACCUCAAAGCAGUCAUGCAAGUGAUACAAGAUCAACAGAAUGAGCUCAACGUUGUGAGACAGCAGCUUUAUCAUUACAAAGUGAGUUCAAAUCUCAUCUUCCAUCAUUUUUUGCGAUUCUUUUAAGAAAUUGGCAUCUGACGUUGAGACGCACGACAGAUCCGUAAGCGAGGAAACGUUGACAGAUAUGGGAGAGCAGGGAGAGCGGAAAAUUGUUACGAAGAGACAGCGAGCUCCUUCCAUACAGCCAAUGACCUGA